GCAAACUGUUUUAUUAUUGCUUCAGACAAGCCGAAGUUGUGAAAAAGUGUAAAGACAAUAUUUUUGAGUUAUUUAUACAACUUCAAGGCAAAAUUAAAUAAAUAAAAGAAAUUAUUUAGUGAAUACGGUCAAGUGUUGAAGUAGACAUGGAGACAGCGCCCACCGCUGAGUUAGUUUAUCAGGGUAUAUGUACCCUUUUUCACAAUAAUAACCCUAAGGAGAAGGAGAAGGCUAACAAAUGGCUAGAAGAGUUCCAAAAGUCGAUAUUUUCAUGGACUAUUGCGGACGAGCUAUUACAACAAAAACGAGAUUUACAUUCGUGUUAUUUUGCAGCACAGACAAUGCGUAACAAAAUUCAAAAUUCAUUUUAUGAACUCCCACCAUCUUCACAUGAAUCUUUACGCGAUUCAUUAAUUGCCCAUAUCGGGCAAAUAACCGAUGAAACCGAUGCAAUAAUUGUAACCCAGCUAAGUUUAGCUGUUGCUGAUUUGGCGUUACUUAUGGCCGCUUGGAAACAGCCAAUUAUUGACUUACUAUAUAUGCUUUCACCACAGCCACAAUCUGUUUGGCCGUUAUUGGAGAUUCUCACACUUAUACCAGAAGAGAUUGAUUCUCGUUAUCUACGUUUGGGUGCUAAUCGACGCGAGGAGAUACAUAUGCAACUAGAUUUUGCAGCACCCAAAGUGCUCGAAUUUCUAUGUAUGUGCACACAACACACUGAUGGACAAAAAGAGCGUCUCGUAAAUUCUACCAUACGUUGUUUCAGUGCUUGGGUGUCUGCACAAGCUAUACCAGUACACCAUUUCACCGAGAAUUCAGUCGGCCAUAAAGUUUUUCAACUACUAAGUAGUGGCGAAACAUCCAGAAAAUUACAUGACACAUGUACUGAGUGCUUGUGCGCUUUACUUAGUUGCAUUGAGGUUAAUCAGGAUCGUUCCAGUUUGGAUCCGGCAAUGGAAGCACACAUUUUUAAUGCAGUUUGCUCGCUUGAAACUGCAUAUCAUAUGAGUGUUGCAAAUGAAGAUAUCGAUAAGACAAUAAAUUAUUGCCGCAUAUUUACUGUAUUAUGUGAGGCUUUCUUGCAUAAAAUGCUCUCAAAAGAAGAUGUACCGCACUACACUGUUAAGGGGAUCGACUUGGUGCUAUUGUGUGUGGGCCAUUUUGAUUACGAAGUAGCAGAAAUUACUUUCAUUUUCUGGUAUCGCCUAAGUGAAGAUCUCUUCAGUCGGAAUAAUGAUACGCUAAUAAGUCAUUUUAAACCGCACAUUGAGAGGUUGCUGGGAGCGCUUUACCGCCACGCACAGAUGGAUGCUGAUCAUGACGGGCUUAUUGACGAGAACGAAGGCUUUAAUGAUUUUCGACGCAAGGUAUCUGAUGUAAUCAAAGAUGUGGCAUUUAUUGUAGGCUCCAGCGCCUGUUUCAAACAAAUGUUCCUUUUAUUACAAGCACCAAACACGACUUGGGAGUCCACAGAAUCGGCGCUGUUUAUUAUGCAGAAUGUUGCAAAAAACUUAGUACCCGGGGAAAAUAAAGUUAUACCCAAAGUUGUGGAGGCCAUAGUAAAUCUACCAGAUAAUACGCACAUUGCUGUACGCUAUACUUCGAUAUUGUUGCUAAGUGAACUUUGUGACUGGUUUGAUAGUUUCCCGGAAUCAUUGCAAUCGCUUCUUAAUUUCCUUCUAUAUUCACUGCAACAAAAAAACGGAUUGGCAGCUGCAGCAGCAAUAGCGCUCUCCUCCAUCUGCUCAGCUUGCAGCCAAAAGAUGGUUUGUCACAUUAGUGGUCUCAUAGAAAUUGCCCGCAUGCUCGAUAGUUUUGAAAUCAAUAACGACUUAGCAAUUGGUCUAUUAAAAGGCAUUUCAUUGAUACUGUCGCGCCUACAACGAACACAACUCGAGUCAUCUAUGCGAGAGAUCAUCUCGUUCCAAUUACAACCUUUGGCGGUAAUGGUUGAGAACCCGUCUGCAACAUUAUCAACAAUACGCAAAGGUGAACGCACCGAUCCCGCUUACUGGAUUGAUCGCGCUUGUGCAGUUAUACGUCAUACGGAUCCCGAUGUCGCCGACAAUGAAUUACAUCCCACUGUGCAAAUACUCACCGACGCCUGGCCAUUAGUAUCACAAGUUAUGGACAAAUAUCAAACGGAUGUACGCAUUAUGGAGCGUACUUGCCGAUUCAUACGUUACAGUGUGCGUAAAGUGUGUAAACGAGCGGCGUUUUUGGUAGAACCAUUGGUCAAGCAAAUGAUUUGUAUCUACACAUUACAUCAUCAUAGUUGUUGCUUAUAUCUUGGUUCAGUGCUAGUCGAUGAAUUCGCAAAGGCUGGCGAAUGUAUACCAGGUCUUUUAGAAAUGCUAAAAGCAUAUAUUGAGCCCACUUUUAUCAUGUUGCAAGUGGAGAAUGGAUUAAAGAAUAACCCCGACACCGUUGAUGACUUCUUCAGACUUUGUUCGCGCUUCAUCGAAUGCUGUCCUGUACCCUUUCUACAAAGCACACUCGUCACACCAAUUUUCCAAUGUGCUCUACUAGCCUGCACACUCGACCAUCGGGAGGCCAAUUCCUCAGUGAUGAAAUUCUUUUGCAAUCUCUUGAAAUGGGGUCGAAAUUCGAAUCAACGUCAUCCCGAAUGUCGACCAUUAGUCAAGGAAAUCGCAGCACAAAAUGGCGAACCAUUGAUUGUAAAUCUUAUACACGCAUCUGUGUAUAGCUUACAUUCGUAUAUGUUGCCCGAUGUGGCGGAUGUCAUAUAUGAAUUGAAAUUGGUUGUGACAAAUGAACAAAUGCAGGUUUACAUCAAAACAGCUUUAGAUGCAUUACCGAAUCGCAAUAGUGGUGGCUAUAUAACGGCAACGCAACAACAAUUGAAUGAUUUCACUGCCGCUUUAUUGGGUGCUGAUACACCUAAAACAAUAACGGUUGCGUUGAAAGGCUUCACACGAUUAUAUCGCUAAUUUAGAAUCAACAUGGAAACUGAGAAGUAUAAAUCGCACUACAACUUAUUUAGAUUACAUACGCAUUUAUAUGUAAAUAUAUUUAUAUAUAUCUAUAAAUACGAAUAUACACGAGUAUAAAUGUAUGUAUGUCAGAAAUAAUUAUGUAUUUAUAUACAUAUGUAUAUAUAUUUUUAAUUGCAUAAUUUAUUUAAUGAAAGCUAAAAUUUUGUAAAACCCAAAUAUACAUAUGUACGUAUGGUAAUGUAGAGAAUUCUACUAUAGAAUUCGGUCUUAAGGCCAAAUGACCAUACUACAGUUAAAAAUCUAAUACCCUAUUAUGGUUGGGUUGUCGGCCGCAUUUCAAUCUUCGUUCUUAUUCUUAGGUUUUCAAAUUAUUUUCCACUCAUAAUAGUGAAAUAUAUUUCUGCUAAACCGAUAAAAAAUUGCAUCAACAAUAUUUGAUAAUAAUUAUUUAAAUGUCGACGGCCUAAACUGUAAUAGGCAAGAAAAUCUUAUAUUAUAUUUAGUUAGACCAUUUAACUAACAAUAGAUUUUAUUUUAUAAAAUCUCUAAAAAAUUAAAAUAGAAGGAAGCAGUCAUGUAUGUACGUAUGUACGAAUCGUGCAUUGAAUCCAAACACUGAGUAUUUGUGUAUAUUUAUGCAAGUACGCCUCUAGCAAGUACACGAAACCCCCAAAAAUGCGGUGUGUAAUAAAAUAUUCAUUCAAAAUUUUAAUAUGUAACUGGUUCACUAUAGUUUUUAGCGAGUAAUGACCUGUAGUUUAUUUUUAGUAAUGCAAAUCAAAAGAAAUGGAACCCAUUCUCUUCAGUUUGGUGAUUAAUUUAAAUAAUUAAAAAUGUAAAUGUGAAAAUAAAACAUUGAAAUUUCUAUGUUAAAUAAACAAAGUAAAGAACGAAAA